GGCCGGCGGUGGCAUGGGCGCGGGGGCGCCGUAGACCUGCGGGAGCUUGCCGGCCUGGAGAAGGCCCAUCCGGGCGGGAUGGAGUGUCCUUCGUGCGGGUAUGUCUCCAAAGAGGAUGCCCCCAAGUUCUGCAGCCAGUGUGGACAGAGGCUGCUUCCUGCAGCCCCCGUGGCAGAUUCCAAGGCCAGCAGCCCCGAGGAGACGCCGGCCGCGGACGGAGAGGUGGAGUGCGGACAGGAGCUGAGGGAAGACGGCGGCCCCUUCUUGUCCCAGGGCUCGUGUCGCCUCCAACGGGAAAACCUGGAUGAGCCCCCUUCCAGCGUGUCCGGGACCGCGUCCAGAGGAGUUGCCUCAGAGGCUUGUACAUCCGAUGAGCUGGAGGCUGCUAAUCACCCUCCCAGCAAAAGAAGAAAAGAGGACGCUACCCUGUGUCAGGUCGCUGACCCGUGCUCUGCGCACCCCCCGCAGAGCAAGAGGAAGAGAAGGAACAGGAGAAAGAAACCGAGCGGUUCCCCUUCCGCGGAGCUCGACUCCUUGGCAGAGGCCUCCUUACGCCCUUACAGCGUCAGCUUGCUGGCGGGCCCCGGCUUCCCGGACACGGUGCCCCCCCAGAGCCAAGAUCCUCAAGGUGGUCCGGCCGACCCACCAUGCGGGCCCCCGGGCGCCAACCCGCCGCCGCCAGAGGGCGGUGAUCACCAAGGGCCCGUGGGGCAAGUCGAGGCCGGCGGAAGCCCCCUGCGCGACCAGACUCCAGGAGAGGCCGCCCCACAGGACACCCCGGAGCCUUCCAAGGGCAGCAGCCUCCCCCAGGAGGGGGCUGGCCCCACCGCCUGCACCGGUGAAGACCGUCCCCGGAAGGAGGAUGGGGCUCAGGAGCGCUCGCCGCCUGACUCAGCGGGGGGCUCGGAGCCCGGGAGAGAGCCUCACGGCCCCGGGCAGCAGGCGGGGGCCCAGGCCUCCGGGGAAGAUGCGGCCACAGCCGGGCCAGCUGAGGCGGCGGGAAAGGCCAGGAAAGAAAGUAAAGCCAAGACCCAGAAAACGAAACAGCCUCCAGCGAGCACGGUUGCUUCCCCAGCACACCGCCAGGAAGCUGAGACCAAGGACAAGACGGCCACGACUGGAGAGAAGACAGGUAGGAACGAGAAGGCCAAGCCGGAGGGCCCGAAGAAGCCGGAAGGGGGAACCAGGAGUUACGCGGCUGCUGUGAAAAAUGAGAAGGAGCAGAGGAACCACAAAGCCGGAGUGUGUGAAGUUAGGCAGAGCCCCGCAAGCCUGCAGGAAGGAAUCACGCUCUACUUCCAUGCCAUCAUCUCCAAGCACUUUGGAUUCGACCCUGCGGUCCACCAAGUGUUUGUCAGGGGGGGAGAAGAGCUUGGGAAGCCCAAGUGGAACCGCAACGUCUGCGAGAUGCACCACACCAAAGACCUGCAGGAGAUCGGGUCCCUCGUGGAAGGCAGCACCACCCUCUCCAGACAGCACCUGAAUAAAUCCAUUCCUUACAAGUACGUCAUCGUGAAAGGCAAGGGCCAGGUGGAGUACGAGUUCAUCUACAAACGUCAGCAAAAGGAGGGCGAGUUCGUCAACCGCUGUCUGCACGUGAAGUCUGAACUCCUGGGCUCGGGAGACUGGCACCAGUACGAUGAUAUAAUUUGCAUGAAGUCCCCCGGGCUGUUUCAGAGGAUGGUGGAUCACAUAACCUCCGGCACAAGGAGGGACUUGGUGAGGGGGAAGCAGCUCGCGGCCACCAUCAUGUUGGACAGCAUCUUCAGCAUCCUGCAGACCUGGGACGCCAUCAACCUGAAGAGCUUCUUUACCCAGUUCCAGCAGUUUUAUUUCGUCGUGAAAGUGCCCAUGAUCUACGAAGGCCAAGCGCAGCCCUGGAGCGCUCUGCAGUACGACGAGAAGGAGGUGAAGGAAAGCCUGUGGUUGUAUCUGAAAAAAGUGUCGGAGCCACUCCUGGCAAGAAGCGGGGACCCCUGGCCCGAGCAGCACCCAGUGAGGAGCAAACUGCGAAUGGGCCUGAUCCUCUUGUUUGCAGUGGAAACCUUCGACCUGCCCGUGCUGCAGAGCGACCUGGACUUGCUCUGCAGCCUCCUCCGCCCUGAUCCCUGUUCGCCAGGCGACCUUCACCGCGACCUCAGCCACGUCUUUGAAACAUGUCAGAGCUGGAGAGGGUUUCUGGUCAACCUGUGCCAAAGGUGCAUGGAGAAGAAGGUCGACCUCUGGGUGCUCACCCUGCCUGUGCUCCACCACUGCGCGGCGGCCUCCCUUCAAGGAAAGGACUCCAAGAUCCUGAAUGAAGACGCCUGGGCAGCCCUGGAAGGAAUCGCCUUCUCGGAGUUUCGGGAAAAGAGGCCAGAUCAGAAUCAGUUAGUUCAACUCAUGGGAGAGGAAAGGCAUCUGCUGCGCGAGGACGGGCAUCUGUUCCGGUCCUGGUUUAGUCUGCUGUCCCUGAACAACUUGGUUCACUACAUGGAGGACUUCAUGGACUAUCUGACCUUCUUCCCCACGCGCAUCCUGGACUGUCUUCUAGGGACUUAUUACCGGCUUCUGAGGCUUACGAGACCCUCCGUCAGAGAUCUGGAGAGCAUUGAGAACACGCUUCGAAUGUUGUUGCACCUCCUGGAUAUUUAUCAGGACAAGAUCCUUGAGGAGCCCUUGAUACAGUCCUACUUGACUGUGUGCCUGAAACUUCAUGAAACUGUCUGCAGAAUCACAAAAGACGCCAAGUUUUGUGAGCUGCCUGCCUCAUCUGCUGAGAUUGUUUGCAGAAUUAUUACACUUGAACCUCUAGUGCAGCAGGAUUCAGCUGAAGGCCCAGAGAAGGAGACCGGGAAGAAGAACUCUGUGCAAACGGUCUUCCAGGGGACGGUCACGAAGACCAGAGCGUGGCUUCAGAGCGUUUUUCAGGACAGCAUGCUUGUCUGCAGCUACUGGCCACCUGUCAUGUUCAGAUACCGUGAGGAGAUCAAGGUCUGGAGGCGGCUGGUGGAAAUAAACUUCCCCGCGGAGUACGGCUGGAAGGAGUCAUUGAUGGGGGACCUGGAAGGAAGAAUCAAACAGGAGAAGCCUCUCGUCCAGAUCUCUGCCUUCUGCAGCACCCAGUGGGAUGCCAUGGGCUUAGAGGACAGCGUGUCGAAAUGCUUCGAGAAGUGUGUCAUCGAGGCAGUGAGCACAGCCUGCCAGUCUCAGACCAGUAUCCUUGAGAAGAUCUCGCAUCACGACCUGCAGAAAUUUGGCAGCCUCGUGUCGGCUGUGAUCACCAAGUCCUGGCCAAGGAGCAAAGGGCAAGCCGUGGAUGACCUGGACGACGUUUUAAAGCACCUGCUCACGUGGCCGGACGUCAAGCAUCUCUUCAAGUUGUACGAGACCGAUGAGAAGCUGUUAGCCAACAUGACAGAGGAUGGCAAGAAGCUGCUGGCCGUCGCCGACUCCGUGUUCACCAAGGUCACCGGGGACCUCCUGACGGGCGCCGUUCUGGUCGGGCAGCUGGAGCUCAUCACGAAGCACAGCAGUCAGUUCCUUGACAUCUGGCAGCUAAAGAGAAAGCGCCUUUCGCCCGAGGAGAAGAAGCACGACAUGAAGGAAGUGCUGGACUGGAGGAAGGAGGAGCUGAAGUUUCUGAAGAAAGAGAAGAAGUGUGUCCACAGCCUCCUGAAGCUGUGCGGGGAGGUGAAGCACCUGGUGAAAGUGGAUCUGGAAGAGGUGACUGGAAAACACGCGGAAGACCUCGACAGUAAACGUCUGAGUGACGCCGUGACAGUGAGGCUGUCACCCACCUCCCCGCACACGAAGAGGACGACAUAUUACAACCUGAGCCCCGAAGUCCAGGAGAUGGCCGAAAAGAUGGACUGGCUGAAGGACAGCCACGUCUUCCGCACCUUCUGGGCGGAAGCCGCGGAGGAGCUGAGCGAGCCUGAGGAGGAGCCGAGCGAGCCUGGGGAGGAGCCGGGACAGCAAGCACUGCAGCCUGAGGAAGCGUAUCAGUGCCUGUACUGCCCCUGUUUCCAGAGAUAUCUGGAGCUCUACGAGAAUCUGAAGUCGGGAGAGGUCACCUUUCAGGAGGUCAACGACCUCUUCAGCGACUUUGUGAAUAAAUACAACAACCUCGCUUUCGAGCUCCAGCUCAUGUGCGCCUUGGACAGCAGGGACCAGAGAGGCUGGAUCCAGGGCCGCGUGGGGCAGAUCAGGGAGUACCACCACCUGCACCAGGCUGUCAGCGCGGCCAAGGUCAUCCUGAAGGUCAAGGAGAAUUUGGGCCUGACUGGUGACUUCAGUGUUCUACAUACUUUGUUAAACUUUACGGACAACUUCGACCAGUUUCGCCACGAGAAGCUGGACCGGAUCAGCAAGCAGCUUAUCCAGGCCAAAAAGCUGCUGCAGGACGUCACGGAGCCCCGGCGCCAGUGCCUGAGCGAGCUGUCCCAGAGGAAGGAGUUCAUCAGCUGGGUCCAGGAGGCGCUCGGAGGCAUCAAUGAGCUGAAGGUGUUUGUGGACCUGGCUUCCAUCUCCGCGGGAGAGAACGACAUCGACGUGGACAGGGUGGCCUGCUUCCAUGACGCUGUGCAGGGCUAUGCGCCGCUGCUAUAUAAGCUGGAUAUGGGCGCGGGAUUUGACGAGUUCGUGACCCACCUCGGGGAGCUGUGGCGGGCUCUGGAGAAUGACCCAUACCUGCCUCAUAAGCUGUGUGACUCAGCCAGGAGCCUGGAGUGGCUGAAGACCGUGAAGGAAAGCCACGGUUCUGUGGAGCUCUCGUCCCUGUCUCUGGCAACGGCCAUCAACGACAAAGGCGUCUAUGUCAUCAGAGCCCCCACAGGGGGCCAGAAGAUCUGCCCAGACACGGUUCUACAGUUAUCCCUUCCCGAGAGCCACGGAGGCCGUGAGGAGACGCGGGACUUCUCUCUGGAAGAGCUCAAGGAGCUUUUGAACAAGCUCAUGCUGAUGUCUGGCAAGAAGGACCACAGCAAUGUCCAAGUGGAGGUAUUUUCCAAGGUGUUCUCCAACGUGCAGAGGCUGGUGCAGGCCUUCAUCCACCUGUACUCCGCCGGGAACAUGCUCUUCAGGACCUGGACGGCACAGGUGUUCUGCUCCCCGCGGCACGGCGUCUCCGUCCAGAUGGAGUUCCACUUGGAGCCGCCGGUCCGGCUCAGGGGCGGCGGGGAGGCGUCAGAGCUGCUGGAGGCCGUCAGCAGGCAGCUGGAGCACUUCCUGGGCCGCUGGGAGGCUUUCGUGGCCGAAAAGCGGGCCAAGCACUUUUAUCUCAACUACUACACGGCCGAGCAGCUGGUGUUCCUGAGCACGGAGCUCAGGAAGCCGACGCCCAGCGACGCCGCCCUCACCAUGCUGUCCUUCAUCAAAGGCAACUGCACCCUGAAGGACGUGGCCAGGGCCCUCCAGGACCCCGGCGGGGACGCUGCCCGGCACCAGGAGAGGACGCGGAUUCAGGGAGUGCAGGCGGCCCUCCUGCGGGAGCUGAGCCUGGCGGGCAAGCUGAGGGCCAUCCUGGAGCAGUCGAUGGCCUGCAUGAGCGCCUUGCUGCCCCACUGCCUGGACCUGGAGGCGCUCGGCCGGUGCCUGGCCCUGCUGGGGUGGAUGCGCGGCCGUCCCGUGGAGCGCCGCCUGCCCAAAGGCCUGCACGUGGGCCGGCCCAACCUCAUCGUCUGCGGCCACUCCGAGGUGCUGCCGGCCGCGCUGGCCGUCUACAUGCACGCCCCGCAGCAGCCGCUGCCCACCUUCGACGAGGUGCUGCUCUGCACGCCGGGAACCACGUUCGAGGAGGUGGCGCUGCUCUUGCGCCGCUGCCUGACGCCGGGCUCCCGCGGGCAGGGCGUCUACAGCCUGCUGUACGCGGACCUGCUGAGCUACGAGGUGGCCAGCCAGGCCGAGGUGCUCUUCCUGAGCCUGUGCUCACAGCCGCACCGCGCGGACUUCCAGCUGGUGAUGGUGUGCGACAGCGCGCGGGAGCACUGCCACCUGCCCUCCGCCUUCAGCCAGCACAAGGUCCCGGUCACCCCCCAGGCGCCCCUGCAGGACAUCCAGGCCUACCUGGCGCAGCAUUUCCAGGUCCCCCCGGACAUUCGGUCGGCUGCCGACGUGUUCCGGGACCGGAUGUGUGUGGGCAUCGUGGCAUCCGAGCGAGCGGGCGUUGGAAAGUCUCUGUAUGUGGAGAGAUUACACAGCAAACUGACGAUGAAGCUAAGAGGCGAAAAGGUGCCCCUUAAAGUUAUCCGCCUGAUUGACCCUCAGGUGGACGAGAACCAGGUGCUGCGUUCCCUCCUGCCUUUCCUGAAGGCCCGCUAUCAGACCAGACCCAUGAUAUUCCACUUGGACGUGACCUCCUCGGUGCAAACCGGACUCUGGGUGUUCAUUUUCAAACUCCUCGUCCUGCAGUACUUAAUGGAUAUAAAUGGGAAAGUGUGGCUCCGGAACCCGUCCCAUUUAUACAUCAUUGAAAUCCUGGAACGGACUCCAGCGCUGCCCAAGAUGCCUUGCAAACGGAGUAUGCAUGGUCCCCAGUUCAAUUUUCUCGACAUCUUCCCAAAAGUCACCUGCCGGCCUCCCAAAGAAGUGAUAGACAUGGAGCUGAAUCGCGAGGAGAGCUCCACAGACCCAGGGAUGGACCAGAGAGUGUUCCAAAGCGAGACUUUCCAAAGGCCUUACCAGUACCUGAAACGGUUCCAUGAGAAAGAAAACCUAGACUCGUUCCUGUACCAGGAAGGCUGUGUCGAAGGCACCCCUGAAGAAUGCCUUCAGUAUUUCCUGAUUUACUGCGGGGUGAUUAAUCCGUCCUGGUCGGAACUCCGGAACUUCGCUGGUUUCCUGAAUUACCAGCUCAGAGACUGUGAGGCCUCCCUCUUCUGCAACCCAACCAUAACUGGAGACACACUGAGAGGCUUCAAGAACUUUGUGGUCACCUUCAUGAUCUUCAUGGCAAGAGAUUUCGCCACACCAACCCUUCACACGUCCGACCAGAGCCCGGGGAGGUACGCGGUCACCAUGGAUGGGGUCAGGGAAGAAGAUCUAGCCCCUUUCACUCUCCGGAAGAAGUGGGAGUCUGAGCCUCACCCGUACGUGUUCUUCAACAGCGACCACACGUCCAUGACAUUCAUAGGCUUCCACAUCCAGCCCAACCAGAAUGGCGGCCUUGAUGCCGUGGAGCUCUCCAGUAGGAGGGUCAUCAAGAGAAAUGUCAUGGAGAUGGAGCUGUACCGGGGGCUGUUGCUCCAGAGGGUGCCCUUCAAUGUUGACUUUGAUCAGCUGCCCAGGCACGAGAAACUUGAAAGGCUCUGCCUGGCAUUAGGGAUCCAGUGGCCCAUGGACCCCGAUGAAACCUAUGAGCUCACGAUGGACAACAUGCUGAAGAUCCUUGCCAUUGAGAUGCGGUUUCGGUGCGGGAUCCCCGUUAUCAUCAUGGGAGAGACCGGCUGCGGGAAAACCAGGCUCAUUAAAUUCCUCAGCGACCUGCGGCGUGGGACCGCCAAGGCUGAAACCAUGAGGUUGGUCAAGGUCCACGGUGGGACGACAGCAGAGAUGAUCUACUCCAAAGUCCGCGAGGCGGAGGAACUUGCGCUCUUCAACAAGGAGCAGCAUCAGCUGGACACCAUCUUGUUCUUUGAUGAAGCCAAUACGACAGAAGCCAUAAGCUGUAUCAAGGAAGUCCUGUGUGAUCGUACGGUGGACGGCCAGCCCCUGGCCAAGGACUCAGGCCUGCAUAUCAUAGCUGCCUGCAACCCUUACCGGAAGCACUCGCAGGAGAUGAUCUGCCGUUUGGAGGCAGCCGGUUUGGGGUACAGGGUCAGUGCGGAGGACACGGCGGAGAGGCUUGGCUCCAUCCCCCUCCGGCAGCUUGUGUACCGAGUGCACGCUCUGCCGCCGAGCCUCAUCCCGCUGGUGUGGGACUUCGGACAGCUGAACAACACCGCCGAGAAGCUCUACAUCCAACAGAUCGUGCAGAGGCUGGUGGACUCCAUCGGGGUGGACGAAACCCAGAUCCGUGCCAUCACAGAGGUGCUCUCCGCCUCGCAGGGUUUCAUGAGGAAGAAAGGGAACGAGUGCAGUUUUGUCAGCCUCAGGGACGUGGAGCGCUGCGUCAAAGUUUUCACGUGGUUUUACGACCACAGCAAGAUGCUCCUGUCAAAACUGGACGCCUUUCUCCGCGAGUCCGCCGUUGACCAAAACGACUUUGAGAGAGAUCCCGUCCUCUGGUCCCUGGUGCUGGCCGUCGGGGUGUGCUAUCACGCCUCGUUAGAGCAGAAGGAGUCGUACUGGAGAGCCAUCUGCAGGCUCUUUCCGGAACCCUAUAACGACAGCAAGGUUAUUCUGGAGGAGAUCACCCGAACGCAGGAUCUUUUCCUGAAUGGAGUGUCUUUGCGGAAAACCAUUGCUAGGAACUUGGCUUUGAAAGAGAAUGUCUUCAUGAUGGUCAUCUGCAUCGAGCUGAAGAUUCCCCUCUUCCUGGUGGGGAAGCCCGGCAGCUCUAAAUCUCUCGCCAAGACCAUCGUGGCGGACGCCAUGCAAGGCCCGGCGGCCCACUCAGACCUCUUCCGGAACCUGAAGCAGGUCCACCUGGUGUCGUUCCAGUGCAGCCCUCACUCUACCCCCCAGGGCAUCAUAAGCACCUUCAGGCAGUGUGCCCGUUUCCAGCAGGGGAAGGACCUAGAGCAGUAUGUGUCCGUGGUGGUGUUGGACGAGGUUGGGCUGGCAGAAGACUCGCCCAAGAUGCCCCUGAAGGCUCUGCACCCGCUGUUGGAAUACGGAUGCAUUGAAGACGACCCCGCCCCCCACAAAAAGGUUGGCUUCAUAGGCAUUUCCAACUGGGCCCUGGACCCUGCCAAGAUGAACCGGGGUAUUUUCGUGUCGCGCGGCAGUCCCAACAAGAAGGAGCUCAUAGAAAGCGCCAAGGGCAUUUGUUCUUCAGAGCCCCUGGUUCAACAGAGGGUCCAGGGGUUCUUUGCACCCUUUGCCAGAGCCUAUGAAACAGUGUGUAAGAAGCAAGACAAGGAGUUCUUCGGGCUCCGUGACUACUACAGCCUCAUCAAAAUGGUCUUUGCCAAGGCGAAGGCGGCUGAUAAGGAGCCGUCCCCGCAAGACGUAGCACAGGCCGUCCUUCGCAACUUCAGCGGCAAAGAUGACAUCCACGCCCUGGACAUUUUCACGGCCAACUUGCCCGAGGCGAAGUGCUCAGAGGAGGUCAGCACCCUACAGCUGAUCAAGCAGAACAUGUACGGAGACUUUCGGAGGGCGUCAGGCCGGGAGCUGGACGACUCCGAAUCCCGCUACCUGCUCGUGCUGACCAGGAACUACGCGGCCCUGCAGGUCUUGCAGCAGACCUUCUUCAGCGACGACCAGCAGCCAGAGAUCAUUUUUGGUUCCAGCUUUCCCAGGGACCAGGAGUACACCCAGAUCUGCAGAAACAUCAACCGAGUGAAGAUCUGCAUGGAAACAGGCAAGAUGGUGGUCCUGCUCAACCUCCAGAGCCUCUACGAGAGCCUCUACGACGCACUCAACCAGUACUACGUCUACCUCGGAGGUCAGAAGUACGUGGACCUCGGUCUGGGCACCCACCGGGUCAAGUGUCGGGUCCACUCGGACUUCCGGUUGAUCGUCAUCGAAGAAAAGGAUGUUGUCUACGAACAUUUCCCCAUCCCUCUCAUUAACCGGCUGGAGAAGCACUACCUGGACAUCAACACCGUCUUGGAGACGUGGCAGAAAAGCAUCGUGGACGAACUCCAGGCCUGGGUGGAGAAAUUCGUAGAUGUGAAAGCAGAGCAGUUUGCAGCCGGACACAAAUACAGCCCUUCUGAGGUCUUCAUCGGCUACCACUCGGACGCGUGUGCCUCAGUGGUGCUGCAGGUCACGGAGAAGUUAGGCCACGGGGCCUUGACCGACGAGCUUUACCAGAAGGUGUCUGACGAGGCCAAGCUGAUCCUGCUGGGCUGUGCCACGCCGGAUUCUGUGGUUCGGCUGGGCGCUUCCUCCCUGGGCCUGUUUGCCGCCCAGGUGCUGGCUCGAGAAUACUACCACACGCAGCACCAUAGCUCCUUCGCGGACUUCCUCCAGGCCCAGCUGCGCACGGUGGAUCCGGAGCGCCACGUCAGCUUCACGGAGAUCACCACCUUCUCCAGACUGCUGACCAGCCGUGACUGCGAAGAAAUUUUGGAAUCGGGAGGGAAGGACGGGGUCCUGAAGCCCAUGAUCCUAUCUCUGCAGCAGUUCGACACCGAGUGCUCAUUCCUCAGAGAAGUCCAAAACUGCUUAACCGAUGCAGCCAGGUGUAAAAUCCUCAUUAUUCAAACAGAUUUUGAAGAUGGAGUCCGUAGUGCUCAGCUCAUUGCUUCAGCUAAGUAUUCUGCCAUAAAUGAAAUCAACAAGAUACAAGGGAAUGAGGACUGCAUCUUGGUCUAUUUCAUCACAAAACUGUCCCGGAUAGAGAGCGGGGCGUCCUUCGUGGGAUUCCACGGGGGGCUGUGGCAGUCUGUGCACAUUGACGACCUCCACAAGUCCACGGCCAUGGUUUCGGAUGUGACCAAGUUGCAGGACGUGACCAUCAGCCAGCUGUUCAAGCCAGAAGAGGACGCCGAGUUGGAGAUGGGACACGGGGCCAGAGACAGCUCUGAGGAGCCCAUGGAAAUCGAGGCUGCCGACGGGUCAGGGGAGGCGAUGGACGACUCGGAGGCGACGGGCAGUGCAGAGCAGGGCAGGAGCCAGAUCAUGGACAUGCUGAGGAGCUGCGUACAGGGAGCCGUGGGCAUGCUCCGCGACCAGGACGGCCGUCAGCGCAGCGUGCGGAGAGUGGAGGUUCUCCUCAGCCUCCUGGACGACGACGACCAGGUCAAAGCCGCGUUCUUGCGGGUGUGCAGGGCGCGCCUCUACGCGCUCCUAAAGCAACAGGAAGACCAGUGCCUGUUCAACACGAAGGCGUGGGUGACCCGGGAGGCCACGAACCAGGAUGCUCUCCAGGAGGCGGGCACGUUCAGGCACACCCUCUGGAAGCGGGUCCAGGGCAUCGUGACCCCCCUCCUGGCGAGCAUGGUGUCUGUCCUCGACACAGACAGCAACCUCGAGCUCCUGAUCACGCCGGACGCUCCAUCCUGGACGAGAGACCUUUGGAUGUUUAUUUUCCGUGACAUCAAGCUUCUGAACAUUCCUCUUGUGACAAAUGAUAUGAGGUCUAAAAGCGAGAUGCCCUACGUUGUGGUGCAGAACUACAUGGCGCCUCCCAAGGACGUCUCCAGCAGUGUCCCGUUUAGCUGGAGAAUCAAAGACUAUCUGGAGGAGCUGUGGGUGCAGGCUCAGUACAUCACCGGAGCUGAAGGACUGCCGAAGAAGUUGGUGGAAGUCUUUCAGCAGACCCCUCUGGGCGGGUUUCUCGCUCAGCUCAGUGCAGAAGAAGAGGAGGACCUCUUUCUUGGCUACAUAAAGGACUUCCUCCUCUUGACCAUGAGAGCGUCCACAUGGGAAGAACUGAAGAUUUUGCAGGUGGCGCUGAGGUCCUGCGUCUGUCAGCUGCAAGCGCAGAGGCCGCAGGAAAGGGUCUCCUUACCCUGGGUGCACAUCGCUUAUCAGCACUUCCGCAGCCGGCUGCAGAACUUCUCCAGAAUCUUGACCAUCUGCCCCCAGAUCCUACAAAUGUUACUCUACAACAUCAUGGGAACCACAAGGAACGACAGAUUGGAUGGACCUGAGCUGACUCUGGAUGCAUUUGCGGCGAUGGCCUGCACGGAGAUGCUGACGAGGGACGUCCUGAAGCCCAGCCCCCAGGCCUGGCUGCAGAUGGUGAAGAGCCUGUCCAUGCCGCUGGAGCUCCUGUGCUCGGACGGGUACCUGCAGAGCUGCGGGGGGAUGGCCAGAGACGUCAUCAGGGAGGUCAGAACCCAGUGGAACCGCAUUUUCCCCGUGGCCCUGUUCGUGGAACACGUGCUUCUGGGGAUCGAGAGCCAGAUCCCUGAGCUGCGCGAGCUGGUGACAGAGCACGUCUUCCUGCUGAACAAGUGUCUGCAGGAGAACUCCAACAUCAAGACCUACAGGCCUUUCGCCGCUGUGAUGGUGACUCUUCGUACGUGUAAGGAGCGGGCCAGCAAGACCCUCUCCAGGGUUGACAUUGAGCCGUGCCCCGUCUGCCUGGGAGACGCGCGGGACCCCGUCUGCCUGCCCUGCGACCACGUGUUCUGCCUGGCCUGUGUCAAGGUCUGGCUCAUUACAGGCCAGAUGAGAUGCCCUCUGUGCCUGACAGACCUGCCAGAAGACUUCUCUCCAGCAGUGUCCCAAGAGCACAGGGACGCCGUCCAGAAGCAUGCCUGCAUCCGGCAGAUGUGCAAUAGUUUCUUCAUCGAACUGGUUUCCACCAUAUGCUUCAAGGAUAAUUCCCCGCCAGAGAAGGAGGUGGUAGAGGUUCUGCUAAGUCUACUCUUCGUGCAGAAGGAGCUCCUACGAGACACUUACCAAAGACACCAGGAACACACAAAGUCUCUCUCCCCGUUCGACGACGUUGUGGAUAAGACCCCGGUCAUCCGCUCAGUGGUGCUGAAACUGCUUUUGAAGUACAGCUUCCAAGAAGUGAAGGACUACAUCCAGGCCUACCUGACCCUGUUGGAGAAGAAAGCCUUCCUGACAGAAGAUAAAACCGAGCUCUACAUUCUCUUCAGCACCUGCCUGGAGGAUUCCCUCUACGAGAAGUUUAGCGCCCUCUCUGCCACUGAGGGACAGAAGCACCUGAGAGAGGAAGGGGUCUUCCUGGAGACCUACUCAGUGCGGCACGGCCCCGAGCCCGUCACGGAGGCCUCGGUGGAGUACCUGCAGGAGAUGGCCAGGAUCCGCCUCUGUCUCGACAGGGCAUCUGACCUCCUCUCCGGGCUCCAGGAGGGCUCAGAGGUGGCCGAGGACAAGCAGCGUUACCUCCGGCAGGUAGAGCGCUUCUGCAGGCAGGUGAGAAACGACUGGUACCGGGUGUACCUGGUGCGGAAGCUCACCAGCCUGCGGGGCAUGGAGUUCGUGCAGCGCCUCUCCAGACCCGGCCACCCGGCGCGCUGGCUGUUCCCCCAGGCGGUCCUGGAGCAGCAGGAGGAUCACCCAAGCCAGAUGGACCGGUACCUGGUGCACGGUGACAGAUACAAGUCCCUUCGUGACGCAGUGGGCAAAGCCGUCCUCGAGUGCAAGCCCCUGGCUAUCGUGGCUGCUCUGAAGGUCUGCAGGGACCCCGGCCCUCAGCAGGCUGCCCACUUCCUGUUAGCGCUUUUCAGAGAGGUCACCACUUUGUACAGACUCCCCGAUGUGAACCUCCAUCCUAAGCCAGAGCAAUGUGAGGCUCUCAACAAGGUCAUCGAGGAGAGUGAGGUCCUUUCUCAGUGGGACAUCAGACAGUUUGCAACGUCCCUCGUGACCGAUACUCUGCCCGUGCUGAGCACGGGUGUGAUGGACAGCAGCCUCGAAGGCACCGUGGCAGAGAUGGCCGUCCACAUGGCCGUCACCCUCCUGUGCGGACACGGCGAAGUCUUGGAACCCCUGAAGAAUCUGGCCUUCGCCCCGGCCAGCAUGGCGAAUGCUUUUCUUCCAACGAUGCCCGAAGACUUGCUGGCUCAGGCGCAGACAUGGAAGGGUCUGGAAAGGCUGCAGUGGUACCUGUGCCCCAACGGUCACCCGUGCUCGGUGGGAGAGUGCGGCCAGCCGAUGGAACAGAGCCACUGUGUGGACUGUGGGGCUUUAAUUGGCGGGAUUAACCACAAGCCUGAGGCCGGGUUUCUCAUCGUCAAAAACAGCACGGACAGAACGCAGACUGGCCACGUACUGGGCGCCCCGCUGUCCAGUGGCGAGGCAGUGGCGUCCGACCGACAGCUGGCCCCCGUGGUCUUCCUGCUCAUGCGGCUGCUCACCCACGUGGCCAUGCUCCUGGGGGCGGCCCGGAGUCCUGAGGCCCUGAGGAGCAUCAUCAAGCCUCCGGUGAGGGACCCCCGCACGUUUCUGCAGCAGCACGUCCAGCGGGACCUGGAGCAGCUGAUGAAGACUCUGGGAAGGAGCGCCGACGAGGCCGUCACCGCCGUGCACCUGGUCCUGUGCAGCUUCCUGGGGAGGCAGCGCCACCUCUCGGGCCACAGGGUUUUCCGUUUCGAUGCAACGCUGUCCUCCAGGGAAUACAGAAACAGCUGGGAGAAGGCCAUGGAAGUGCUCCUCCUUCCUGAGCUGGAGCACCAGCAUCUGGAGAAGGCCUUGCUGACGGUCACUAAGCAGAUCAACCAAGACGAGCGGAUCAGCUCCAAUGCCGUGGCCAAGGUCGUGUACGGCGACCCGGGGGCCUUCCUGCCCCACCUGCCCCGGAAGAGCGUGCUCCACUGCUCUAAGGUGUGGGCUUGCAGGACGAGGGUCACCGUGGAGCACCUGCGGCACGUCGUGGAGCAGAAUCCUGCCAGAGAGACCGUGCCCGUCCUGCACAGGUUCCUGCAGAAGGAGGCGGAGCUGAGGCUGCUGAAAUGCCUGCCUGAGAUCCUGGCCCUGCAGAGGGAUCUGGUGAAGCGGUUCCAGAAUGUUUCGGAAGCUGACUACCAGUCCAUCAGAGCUUUCAUUAACAGUCACCAGGAAGAUGGGUUGAAGCAGCUACUCCGCAAGAGAAUCCGUGUCUUUCUGUCGACGUGGAACAAGCUGAGGGCGUCGCUGCAGACCAGGGGUGAGAUCAAGCUGCCCGACGAAUACUGCAGCGCCGACUUGGACGAGGACACGGACUUCGAGGUCGUUCUGCCGCGGCGCCGGGGCCGGGGCCUCUGUGCCACCGCCUUAGUCAGCUACUUGAUCAGGCUGCACAACGAGAUGGUCUACGCGCUGGAAGAGUUCUCCGGCGAAAACAAGGGCUACACGGUCGAUGCCUCCGAGGUCACGGACCUGCACGUCAUCAGCUACGAGGUGGAGCGGGACCUGGUGCCCCUGAUCCUCUCCAACUGCCAGUACAGGGUGGAGCAGGGCCGGGAGGCGCUGCAGGAGUUCGACCUGCAGAAGAUCCAGCGCCAGGUCGCCGGCCGCUUCCUCCAGGGCAAACCCAGAGUCACCCUCAAGGGACUCCCCACCCUGGUGUACAGGCGCGACUGGAACUACGAGCACCUGUUUGCGGACAUCAAGAACAAAAUGCCACAGAAACCCCUCGCCAGCGCAGCCAUCGGUGCCAUCUGUGGACAGCUGCAGUCCUACAGCGAUGCGUGUGAGGCCCUGUCGCUCAUAGAGAUCACCUUGGGGUUCCUGAGCACGGCUGGCGGAAACCCCAACAUGCCCUUGAACGUGUACGUCCAGGACAUGCUGCGCAUGGGCGACCAGACAGCGCUGGUUCUGAAGGCCUUACACAGAUGCCAGUUGAAGCACACGAUCGCCCUGUGGCAGCUGCUGUCGGCCCACCGGUCAGAACAGCUGCUCCGACUGCACAAGGAGCCCUUCAGGGAGGUCAGUGCCAGGUACAAAGUUGGUCUCAGCCCUGACAACGCGAAGUGCCUUCGCACUUUCCUGAACGAGGCUGACCUCCACUCCUUCCUCCUGGAGCUUCAUGAAAUGAUCAUCCUGAAACUGAAGAGCCCCCAGGCAGAGAGCAACUUCAACCCCGACUGGAGCCUGAGAGACACUCUGGUAAGUUACAUGGAAACUAAAGAGGGUGAAAUUCCUCCUGAGCUGGAGUUUCGGUUCCCAGAGGAGAUCCUGCUGAGCAGCUGUGUCCCCGUGUGGAGAACGGCCGCUGAGCUGAAGCGGGGUCGGCAGGUGCGGUAGAGCGCUGUGCUCGCCACGGGGGGGCGGCGGGCUCUUCCCGCCUCUGUCGCCGGCCGCCACCUGGGGCAGGACUUAGAGGGCGGCUGCUGGUGCAGCACCGAACCCAGGAUCCCCGUGUGCCGUGCCGCGGACAGCUGCGAGCGCCACGCCGUGUCAGGAACACACGCGCAUUCCACCUCUUUCCCGUCGGAUUACGGCUACUGUCCGGGGGGCGGUCAGAACUGGAGACCCUGGGAAGCUGGAACGAGCCGCCUGUCCGUUGCCCGGGGCUCCAGGCAAGUGCUUCUCAGUUUCCUGGAGCGGGAGCGGCCUGUGCCUUCGGCGCGCCGGCUGGAGCCCGGCACACGCCCACCCCGGCCCGUCUCACUGCAGGAUGAGAAGCGGGGAGACGGGGCUAUUGACUUUGGCUCUUGUUUUCUAAAUUGUUCUGCACUCACAGAGGAGAAGCCGGCUUGAUCCUUUCUUCCAUUCCCUCCGACUCUUGCUAAUCGUGCAAAUACUUGUAGGUUUCUAGGAAGGUGUGAGAAAGCGCCAGACCCCUUUUUGUGUCUUCCCAAAUACGAGUCAGGGCAUUCAGUGCCUUGAGGCCAAACCUCAGAGACCUCGCCGGGCCCCAUGGACUCACUGCUGAGUUUCAAGUCAGAGCUGAAAAGCUUUCGUUGUGGAGAGUGCGGGGCUAGGUCGGGGGGCACUUUUAGGGCCUUCUUUCCUCUUUUACACAAUGAAGAGACUGGAGUGAUGGCCAGAUUUCUCUAGAACGAGAAGUUCUAGAGGUUUUAAAUUCCAAAUGAAAGCUGAUCAGCGCAGACUCGAAUCAAAGGCAUGGCUCUGGCAUUUCUGUGGGGACCUGGGGACUGUCCGGGACCGUUGCUGUACAACGUGUCCUUCCUCUGAAUCUGUCUGCUCCUUCCCCUCAGUCUCAGCCAAGACAUAAGAAACAGACUCAGAGGGAAAACAAAAACAAAAACAGACACAGGCUCAGAGACUAUAGAACCAGCUAAGUUUCUGCAAAAGAAAAAAAGAUAGUCCACUGAUCUGCCAUGUUCUGAUCUGUGAGUUGGGGAUCUCUUUUGCACAAUCUCCUUGGAUACUUGCGGCCUCUGGACUGGCGCCACUUGCUCCCAGGUGGCUCAGCACCCAUCGGCACUGAGAUGACUACUGUUUACAAGUCAGAGGGGACUGCUGUUUACAAGUCAGAGGCAAAGGUCUUUAACGUACAUGCCGAGUGCGUUCACGACGUGGGCACCUUGAGAUUGGACCAGCGGAGCCAGAGCUGCAGAAACAGAAGAUGCCAUCCUGGCACCGGGCACCCACAGUGGAAGGAACUGGACAGGGAACGGCCCUCCGUGCUCUCCGGUGUGUGGUGAAGGGGAGCACAGUGGCCCAGGCCCCCUCAUAAUUAAUCUGAUACAACACCCGCUUGCACUUAGCAACCCAUGAUUGUAUUGUUCUAGUCUAUGCAAAGGUAACCCCCCACCCCCCCAGUGGAUCGAGGGGCAGCAGGGAGGGUGCCUGCUCAGCUCCCCAACUUGCACUUGGAAUUGCUCUUAUACCUCCAAUCCAGGACGGAGCCGGUGUGGCGUCCAGGUGCUGCUCUGGUCCCUCCCUGUGCCACACCUUAGCAGCGGGAGUCGGGGGUCUCUUGCUGUGAAACCUUUUUUGGGGCUGGGAAUCCCCCCCCCCCACUUUUAAUGAAGGGUUUUUUAACUAAGAUAUUUUGUUUUGUACGCUGUACUUUCAAAGCCUUAAAAGUCGUAUGUAGCAUUAUUGUGUUUAUACAGAAAUAACACUGGCCGAGCACAAGCAAAUGUCAAUUUUGUGAUACUUGUCAUACCUGUUUUAAUAAACUUGAGUUUUGCUGCUAAA